AUGGCUCCCUUUCAUAACAACAAGCUAAACAUGGUCGGUCUCUUCGACGAAGGCGAUCCUACAGCCCCCCCGCCGUCACAACAAGCAAGUAUGUCCAUCUACGGAUCCACGGCCAAGUUCGGGAAUCGCGUCUACAACCAUGGCAUGGACCCGUUUGGCAGUCAUGCAGUUCCUGCAAACUCUGUCCAGAUGGGAACUGGUUCUAACGCUACCGUGAGUCCUGCUCCCACCUAUGAUAGUGACUACGGCGAGAGCGAUCAAGACGACUGUCGCCCAUCCAAGAAGCCCAAGAUCAACAAGGACGGCGCGCCCCGCAAGCCACGCCAGCCCCGUCCGAAACUACUCAAGUGGACUGAUGAUGACUGGAAGAACGCCCUUCUCGGCAUCAUCUGGGCCUGUGGCGAGAAUGGUAUGCAGAUACCGUUCGAUCAAGCUGCCCAGAUUGUUGGAGAGAACUGCUCUGCGGGUGCACUCCAACAAGCUGUCUUGAAGCUACGCAGCAAACAGAUCGACGAUGGUCAUCAGAUCCCGGUGCUGAAGAUGGCUUGGACUCGCAAAAACAAAAACUCUUCUCUGUCGUCGUCUGGUGCUAACGACACGACUCAGCAGAUGAACCCAUUCGCGAACUCCGUCAAGAAACCGACUAAGAUGCAGGGUAUCCAAUCCCUCAUUGUCACCCUCAAGUGCGCGUACCCUGAGACUAACAGGGCGCCUGUAGUACGUGAUUCUCGCAAGAAGAAGUCUAUGGCCGUGGUUCAUGCGGAACAUGCCUUGCCCUCUUCGAUGCCAUCCAAGGUUUCUGCACAGCCCUCGGACGGGUUCCCCGCGUACACGACUGCCACAACCCCUUUGGAUGGCCGUGCCGGAGACGAGAAGCACCUUGGUGGAUAUAGCCCCGGAGUGUUCGAGUACACUAACACCCUGAAGAUGGACGACACUGACACCACCCCUCUUCUGGGCGAGCCGUGGAUCCCCGAGCAUGACCAGGGCUACCUUCAAGAAGAUCCAGAGGGCAUUGACACGCUCACCGCCGUCGAUUCGCAAGAAUGGCACCCUGCUGUCGAGUAUCAGACCGUCGGUUGUGUCGGUGCGUCUCUCCCCGACAUGUCCAACGCGGGCUUUGCUUACGAUGCCUUCUAUAGACAGGGUCAAGAAUUUCUUCAGGGCCAUCCGCAACAAGCUCCGUCGCUUCCACCGCAACUAGACUUCGGCAACUACCUUGACUUCUCCAUGUACGACAACGACGACUACGCCAACAACAACGUUGUCAACGACGAGUAUGCUCAGGGUAACCUUGCCGACCUCUUCAAGUUCCAGCCCUCCGACUUUGAGUACGGCACCCACUACUCUGGCUAG